GCCUGCCCUGAAGAGGGCGCGGGAAUGCUCGGGCACGGCGGGUCUGGGCUCGGCUAUGUUUGCCGUUGCCUUCGCGUGCAGAGCUCACGCUUACAGUAGCUUAAGCGGUUUGUCGUUGGUAGUCCUCCUUCUGUUGGCCGAGUACCGCUCAGUGAUGAAAAUGAACAGUUAGUCAAGAAGUUGAAAAAACUGCAUGUAAAAAAUAAGGAGCUAGAAAAUAAUCUGGGUCAGAUCCAAGAAAAACUACAUCUUCAGCGGUUAAUACGUGACUAUGGCACACACAGAGAGGUUUCUGUGCUGAUAUGAAGCCCAACAUGAUCCUUUGACUAACCCCUAACGUUUUCACCGGAGAGGAGAACUGAGCCAUUGGGAAGAGUCUUAUGCCAGUACUGCAAUGCUGAGUUCUAGCACAACCACUGUGAAGAACCUUCUUUUAAAGAAGAGGCUCUGUUUCCUGCUGAAGCUUGUGUUCUAUGUCAGUUCAGUGUUAAUAUUUUGUGAAUUUUUAAUUUAUUAUGUGGUAAUUUUUCAAUGCCAAUGGCCAGAAGUGAAAAGUGGAGCUAAAAAAGAGACUUCAACUUCAGUCCUGAAGGCCAUAAUUUUAGCUGAUACUCACCUACUUGGUGAAAUCAAAGGGCACUGGCUGGAUAAACUAAGAAGGGAAUGGCAAAUGGAGAGGUCUUUCCAAACUGCCUUAUGGUUACUGCAGCCAGAUAUUGUUUUUAUUCUGGGAGAUGUCUUCGAUGAAGGAAAAUGGAGCUUACCUCAGGCAUGGGCAGAUGAUGUCAGGAGAUUUCAGAAAAUGUUUAAGUUCCCAGCUUCUACUGAGCUGGUGGUUGUUGUUGGGAAUCACGACAUUGGAUUUCAUUACGAAAUGACAACUUACAAAGUAAACCGGUUUGGAAAGGCUUUCAACUUUACUUCAGGAAAGCUAAUAACUCGAAAAGGAAUAAACUUUGUCCUGGUGAACAGCGUGGCCAUGGAGGGCGAUGGCUGUACUCUCUGCCGUACCACAGAGGCAAGGCUUGUGGCGCUUUCUCACAAACUGAAUUGCUCCCAGCAGAAACCAAGUAAUUCCAACAAAAGAUGCAGUGAUGUGGAAAAGCUUCCAGCUUCAGAACCCAUCCUUCUACAGCACUACCCUCUCUAUCGGAAAAGUGAUGCUGAAUGCACUGGAGAAGAUUCUGCUCCUCCAGAGGAGAAGAACAUCCCAUUUAAAGAGAAGUAUGAUGUCCUGUCUCGGGAAGCAUCACAAAAGCUGAUAUGGUGGUUUCAUCCCCGUUUGAUUCUCAGUGGCCAUACACACAGUGCUUGUGAAGUGCUGCACGCGGGGAAAAUCCCAGAAGUCAGCGUCCCGUCAUUCAGUUGGAGGAAUAGAAACAACCCUAGUUUCAUCAUGGGCAGCAUAACACCGACAGACUUCUCCCUCCAAAAAUGCUUCCUUCCAUAUGAGAGCAGAGUCUUUACUAUAUACUGUGCAGCAGGUGCUCUGCUUGUAAUCCUGAUACUAGCUCAUUUUCAGCUUCUCACUCCACCAUUUUAUUUUGCUCAGCGUUUAAUCAGUAAGCAUAAAGCAGUAUGAAGAGCCAGACAUCUGCAUUCAGUCACUGAAAUACCAAAGCUGAGAACAGUCAAACAUCAGACUAUAUUCAUGCCAGCAAAUGACCUAAUUUGAUUGCUAGUCUGAAGGCAGGUUGCAUUUACACAUACCAUAGAAGUCCUAUACAGCUGAUAUGACUACUACAGGAUAAAUAAUUAACUGAAAUGAGCGUUUCAUGCUGUACAAAAAUACUGUAUUCGACAAUCAAAUGAGUCCUUUUCCUGCUAUAAUUUUUGUAUCAAACAUGUAUAUUAAAAGUGUAACUGUACAUUAUGUAAA